CAUGGGUACUGGGCCGGGUGCCGCGACGGCGGGUACUGGGCCGGGUGCCGCGACGGCGGGUACUGGGCCGGGUGCCGCGACGGCGGGUACUGGGCCGGGUGCCGCGACGGCGGGUACUGGGCCGGGUGCCGCGACGGCGGGUACUGGGCCGGGUGCCGCGACGGCGGGUACUGGGCCGGGUGCCGCGACGGCGGGUACUGGGCCGGGUGCCGCGACGGCGGGUACUGGGCCGGGUGCCGCGACGGCGGGUACUGGGCCGGGUGCCGCGACGGCGGGUACUGGGCCGGGUGCCGCGACGGCGGGUACUGGGCCGGGUGCCGCGACGGCGGGUACUGGGCCGGGUGCCGCGACGGCGGGUACUGGGCCGGGUGCCGCGACGGCGGGUACUGGGCCGGGUGCCGCGACGGCGGGUACUGGGCCGGGUGCCGCGACGGCGGGUACUGGGCCGGGUGCCGCGACGGCGGGUACUGGGCCGGGUGCCGCGACGGCGGG